AUGUCGCUCUUCAAAUCCUCAUACUAUGACAAAGACUACCGGGCGGGCGCUGCCCUCAUGCGCGCGCGGAGGCCGUAUAUAGUCAGGAACGUGGCGACGGGCGUAGCCCUCUUCAGUUUCUGCAUUGGUGUCUACGCAUUCACCAUCAAUGCUGUUGGACAGGACGAUUUCUCAGACGUUAAGGUGCCAGAGGCCGUACCGAGCGCGAACGCGAAACAAGAGGCGAAAUAG